AUGGGCCAAGGCCAAGCACAACCUGAAGACGAUAUCGCCGGAAAGUCUCAAUUGGCUGAAAGACUGCGAUGUCACCUGGCUAUAUGGGCCAUUAAAAAGUUCCGUCGAACGUGCAACCUCCCCAUCCCCCCUCCCAGUCGCUUGGAUACACCAAACUCCUAUCUAGACCGAAAGCCAAUCCUGAAGAAGAAGACCGCGUCCGAGGCUAUCCUCCAGCGGUCACUAUCUCAACAUACCUUACUCCAACAUGCCGGAGCCAUUCUCAAAGCCCAAGAAGCUGAGACCAACUGGGCUCGGCCACCUUUCCCGAGGUCCAACACAGACUUGGACCAUUUGCAUCACCGGACUGGGAGCUCGACCUACUCUCUCGGUGGCACUCUCACUACCUCCUCAUCUGGAAUGACAUCUCCAAGCGAACGACGCCAUAUUCACUUUAACAAUGAAGUCGUACAAUGCAUCGCGGUUGAAGCCAAGGGCUACGAGGAUUGGCCAGCCACUUUUGACGAGUCAUCUUCCGACGACGGCAUAGUCAUGAUAAGACAAAUCUCCGGCCGAUCCUCCCUCAGCAAUCGCAGUACCCCACACAAUAGCUUCAGCGGCGAUGGGAAAACCAUCGCCCCUCUCCCCUCCACCACGCUCAAGUAUCGCGGGGAUGUCCCCGAACCCCACGCUCAGACGAUCCUUGAUCGAUGGUCCACCCCUCGGACGACAUCACCAACUCCCUCUGUGGAGACUAUCCGUCCGUCGGGGCCAUCAGAGCCCUCGGCCAACUUCCUUUUGGAUGAAUGUGAAGAUCCUAGUUUGGACUUCACGGGCAAUUACCCCGAUCGUGAUCGCGCAUGGUUGAUGGAAGAUGAUUCAUCAGAUCGCCUCCGAUUCACUGCUUCGGGCAUGAUCAUGCCGGAAGGCGAGACCGAGACCCCCAGCAGUAGUAUCUUGGACCGGGUUGUGGACACGGUGAACACUGCCCGAGACAUUGCCCAUGUAAUUUGGAAUGUGGGCUGGCGCCGUUGA